AUGAAGCAGAAGACUGUUGACGUUCGCGUUGGUUCGAGCAGGAAAGUCUUCGCUGUCACCGCGGCUUCCGGCGCGCGCGUCCCAAUCCACAGAAAGUUGGGUGGUGGGCGUCGUGCAACCUUACGCUCAAGACAAGUCGCCUUUAAACAUCCAUUGGCACUACCUGGAGCAGAGGUCAAUAGGGAGGCACUUUUCAGCAAUCUAUCAUCAAAAAUGGGAGCCUCACGCGCUGACAAGGAACUCUACUUCGAGAAGCUCAAGGAGCUCCUCGCUACCUACCCCUCUAUCUUCAUCGUCAAUGUCGACAACGUUGGCUCGAACCAAAUGCACCAGAUUCGUGUUGCUCUCCGAGGCAAGGGUGUUGUCCUGAUGGGCAAGAACACCAUGGUUCGCCGCGCUUUGCGAUCCAUCCUUGCGGAGAACCCCCAAUACGAACGACUCCUCCCCCACGUCAAGGGCAACGUCGGCUUCGUCUUCACCUCUGAGGAUCUCAAGGAAGUCCGUGAGAUCAUCGUUGCCAACAAGGUCGCUGCUCCCGCUCGUGCUGGUGCUCUCGCUCCUGUCGAUGUCUCCGUUCCUGCUGGUAACACCGGUAUGGAACCCGGCAAGACCUCUUUCUUCCAGGCUCUUGGUAUCCCCACCAAGAUUGCUCGUGGUACCAUUGAAAUUGUUUCCGAUGUCAAGGUCGUCUUCGCCGGUACUCGUGUCGGUCCCUCCGAAGCCGCUCUCCUCAACAUGUUGAACAUUUCUCCCUUCACCUACGGUAUGACCGUCAUCCAAAUCUACGACCGGGGCAACACCUUCCCUGCCUCCGUUCUUGAUGUCGAGGAGUCUGAGCUCGUUGAGCGCUUCUUGACCGGUAUCAAAACUAUUGCUGCCAUCUCUUUGGCGAUCAACUACCCCACCAUCGCCUCCAUCACCCACUCUUUGGUCAACGCCUACAAGAACUUGUUGGCCGUUUCCAUUGCCACCGACUAUACCUUCGAGGGCUCCGAAAAGGCAAAUAAGAUUCAGAGCCUGACGGUGUCCAUCCAGAUCAAGGAAUACAUUGCCAACCCUGAGGCCUUUGCCGUUGCCGCUGCACCUGCUGCUGCUGCUGCCGCCGAUGCCCCCAAGGCUGAGGAGGCCAAGGUUGAGGAAGAAGAAGAAUCCGAUGAGGAUAUGGGCUUCGACCUCUUCGGUUAA